AUGGAAGCUCCUUCAGAAAAACAAGAACAGCCAAUGCAGGUCGCUAGAAAGAAGGGCGGUCUAAGGACCAUGCCAUUUAUCAUAGCAAAGGAGUCGUUCGAAAAGGUUGCAGGGUAUGGACUGAUGGCAAAUAUGAUACUGUACUUGAUGUUUGAGUAUCACUUCAGUGCUGCCUCCAGAGCUAAUAUACUGUUUCUAUGGAAUGCCAUGUUGAAUUUCACACCCAUGUUGGGAACUUUUCUAUCCGAUUCCUACUCGAGCAGGUUUCGGGUCAUUGCGUUAAGAUCAUGGAUCAGGAAUUACUAUGUUAUGGUGUAUGGGCUUCUUCCGGGACGCGAGGCCUCCUGGCUGCGAUAUAUUAAAGGAACAUUGCCUACCCUGCACGAUGGCUCAAAGGAUGCUCCUCUAUUGCUCGUUCAUUGUCAUGUCCAUCGGGCCGGUGGCAUCAGGCCGUGUUCAAUAGCAUUCGGGGCAGACCAGUUGGACAACCACGAGAACCCAAAGAACCAACUGGUCCUUCAAAGCUUCUUCAACCGGUACUACGCCUCGGUUGGCAUCACGGUCAUGCUCUCUGUGACCGUCAUCGUAAACAUCCAGGACAAGGCCGGGUGGGUCAUCGGGUUCGAAGUGCCGCUAGUUCUCAUGUUCUUAGCAGCAGUUUUGUUUCUCAUCGGGUCCCCCUUCUAUGUCAAGGUGAAGGGCAACAAGAGCCUCUUCACUGGCUUUGCCCAAGUGGUUGCUGCUGGCGAUAUGGGUCUCUGUCUAUGA